CAUCUUCAAUAUGCAGCGAGAUAGAAUUGUAGAUGUUUGGGCUUGUUUGUUCGACAUCAUGACAAAUCGUAAUACAAAAACACACAGACCGUUCUGCAGCUAAUAUAAUUUGUCAUGUAGAUUAGAACACAAGCACAUGCAUGCUUGCUCGUCGAUGCAAAAUGGAGCAGUGUUGAGUGGUGGCAAUGAGCAAUGGCAAGCACAAUGGACGCUUUGCCCAGAAAUGUGAAGCGGAGCAGCGUUGAUAAAGAAUGGCUUGAAACACAAGUGCACACUUGCUCAUAAACGUGAAGCAGGGCAGCAUUAAUAUGCAGUGAUGGGACAGCAGCAGAACCGAACCGUGUCGUUUACUAGUGCACACAAGUACCGUAUAUGUGAAUUUCGCCUUGAUGUGUGGCUUCACGGUAGAGUGGUGUGCGCUGCCAUGAAGCCACAGCUCAAGGAAAGGUCCUCCGGCAUAUAAAGCUUUGUUAUCUCCUAGGGAACCUCACGACUUCCCGUUGAAGCUCCCUUUUUCUCUCCUUCAUGGACACCCACCCUCAUCCUCCUCUAUAAGGGUCACCAUUUUGCAUUUUGUAGUUAGCAAAGUACACCCAGCGAUAGUGAUAGUGCGCAUGGUGCCGGUGAACUAGAACUCUGAUCACGAUGAGCUGCGCUCAACGGCCAUCCUUUACAGCGCAGCAGAAGAUGGAAGAUUAUCAGCGUUGCCGAAGAGGGGGGGAACAGAGCCGCUGGCCGAAGAUACGACAUGGACAAGUAGUGCAUCCGCAAACGGAGACCAUUUGUGCAAAGAUUCACGUCGCCUUACCAACACUAUGACGGAGGCCCCGGAAAAAGACACCAAGCCGCAUCCAAGUGACAUAAAAGCCGUGAUCGGGGAAUAUGAACUUACGACUUCUCAGGCGGGGCACGCUGCUGCGAGUGCCGAAUCGGCGACGGCAGCCGGCGGUGCUGCACCCCAGCUGGCACCCCCGACCUCAUUGGUGCCGUCAUCGGCGAAGAGCCCGACGAUCGACAUGGUGGCGACGCCGCUGGAGAACAACUUGUCGAAGGAGGCGCAGUGCGGUUCGAGGGCAGCCAAGGACAGCAACGACGCUUCCAUGACGGCCUCUGCCCUGCAGCGCGUGCUGAGCCCGCCGGGACCUGCAUCUCCGCCGCCGGCGCCCCAAAAGAAACUCGAGGUGAUCAUCAUGGGCACCAAGCCGAAAAAGUCGUCGUCUUCGCCGACCCACGCAGGAGCAAUGUCGCCCAGUUUCUUUGACGAUGACGACAUGGUGUCCACGACCAGUUCCGUCACGGCGUUUCGGGAGCGGAUGCGCGCCGUGCGGCUCGAGGUGAUCCGGCACAAAGGCAUCAUCGCGACCACCGCGGUGACGGCGUUCUGCUUCGCCACGUACUUCAUCCUGGUAGCCGUCCUCAUGAUGGUCAUGUACGCCGUGGCUGAGCGACCCGAGGACCGCGUCUCCGCGCGCAUGGGCUUCAAUCCCAUCAACAUCGCGGUCACGCUCAUGGCCAUGGGCGUCGGAUGCUCGGCGCUCGCACUCGCGCUCGCCUUCUCCAUCGAGGACAUCAACUGGGCCUAGGACCGCCGCCACGGCUCCGCAAGAGCGAGAAAUAAAUGUGCAGCCGCGGGGUUCGAAGAGUACA